AUGACACAGUUGCCCAAACUUAUCCAAGAAACCUCAUUAUUUGAAUGCAGAGGUAACCCAUAAAUAAAUAUGAAGAGUUAAAGUAACAGUAACCAGAUAAUAUUAUUUAUGAUAAAACCAUGAAAAGUAUAAAAGUACAUUAAUCUAGAGGUUUCGUUUUGAAAGUCGGUCCUACCAAUCCGUAUACGUAUGUCAAUUCUUAAGAAUUAAAUGUCAAGGGUUCCAAUUUAUACGUGCAAAUAUAUGUGAUUGAAAAAUUAAAAUUUAUCCUUGAACUUUCUUUUAAAGAUGAAGUAUAGAUUUCUAUAAUUAAUGCAGUCUUACAAAAUAAUUGUAGGUCCAAAUUUUCAAUAAACAUAUUCAAAAAACAAAAACGAAGUUAAAAUAUCAAGUGCAUUCAUAUUAACAAAGAAAUGGAUCAGUUUAGGAUUUGACGUUGAUAGUUUUUUCAAAGCUGGAGAAUUGUAAGUAAAGAUGCUAAGUAUUCAAUCCUUAGGUAGAUUGAAAAGAAUUUAUGAAUCUAAUAUUGUUAGCAAAAUAAAGUAAUAAUAAUGUAUAACAAAGUGAUGGUUAAUGUCUGAUUCAGAAAAUAUGUGAAAAAAGAAUUUUGGAACUAUUACCAAUGAGUAUUAGAGCAUAAUCUGAAAAGUUAGAAAUUAGAAAAUAAUAACUAACUAAUCAACAACGACGAUUAUCCACUAUUUCUAAUUCUUAAGAAAGGAAUCUCGAAAGUUCAUCAGAUAAAAAAUCCUUCUAGACAAAAUAACUUAACUUUAACAUCUAAUAGCAAACUAAAUUAAGCAAUCUAAAUGCAUUAAAGGUCAAGUCCUCUUCAUAACUCUUAUUAAAUAAUUGUCCCAAGAAUGUUUAUUAGAGAAAACAAUCUAAUAAACAACAGGAUUGCAAAUUAUUGAAGAAGUCAACUCCACAAAACCUCCUAUACCUUCAAAAUGUAAUACGAGCAAACUAAGUACACAAUUCUAGUUAUAGAAAAAAGCUGUAUAAAGUUUUCUUAGACAUAAUUAAGAGUCUUAAAAUGGAAGUAAUUGUAUCAAUGACCCUUGCGAUGAAGCAAAAAUAGAUAAUGAUUAAAAACAUAAAUAAUCUCAAAUCAGCUCUGGAGUUAAGGACUUGUAUUAUGAGUGUGAAAAUUCUGAAUAUUAAACCAAAUAUGGGAAGUUUUCAAACACUUUUACUCGUCCAUUGGGAUUAUCAUCCUACAAUCAUAGGUUGGUUUCUCGAUAGUCUACUAAUUAGAACUAAGGAAGUACUAACGAAUAUUUUUAUUUAAGCAGCUAAUAAAUUGAAUAAAAUUAAAGUGUUAAUUAAACAGCAAAUGAAAUUGAAGAGUAAAUAGAGGCUCCAGAAUUAAAAAGUAAAAUGACAGAAGAAAGUUUCAAUUCUAUAAAUGGCUUACAAAUUAAGUAAGAAGAUAGUUAAGAAGAACUUGCAGUUUCAAAAUUCGAAUGA